AUGGCACAACUCUACGAACACGAUGCCACCAGCAUCCUCCCUCAUCUAGCAAGCAACCUCCCAUACUCAAUCACCUGCCUGCGCCGCAUCCAACACGGGCAGGCCUACGCGUCCCCCACCGCAAAGAUCCUGGCCACAUUCCCGCCCGACUCAACCCCUGAAGGACCGUGGCUGGCUGCGCGGGUGGAUCUCUUCCUAGGCCGACAGACCCAGAUCGUGCUCUACAGCAGCCUGGAGUCCCACACGUCAAUCGCCCCGAUCGUCCCUGUCACCCAGAAUGACGGGUCCACACCGGACACCGCCGUGUCCACUCUCGCGGCUGACCCGGCCGACCUGGACAAAGCGCGCGACCAAUUACUGGCGCUGAUGCGAUACAUCAAGGUCCAUCUUCUUCCGGAGUACCUGUCAUCGCUCCCUGCUGAAUCUAAGCAGGGCGCAGCUGAGACCCCGACUAACAAUGGCGUCCCCUUGAUCCCGCCACCCUCUCCAAAGUCUUUCUUGUUCGGGUCUUUGCACACGGGUCUCUUUGUGCUGCUUAUGCGUGGAGGUGUCCUCGCUAGCCCGGGCGCCGAUGCGGACCUCCUGCCUGGCCUGCGCAUCGAUCGCUCCGAUAACCCGCCGUACUAUAAGUAUUUCUUCCCGCGAGGUGUAUUCGACACUGCUGGCGAUGCGGCCUUGCCGGAUGGUUAUAGGUAUCACGAUCGGUUAGGCAGAACCGGUGUUCUUCCGGGGCACCUGGACCUUGUGCAGAGUCGGACGAAUAUUCCAAGGCCCAGGGAGCAGUUGUUGAAGAUUCCUGGUGUGGCGGUUUACCAUGAUGGAAAUGGUAGCGCGGAGGGCGAGGAUGAAAUGCCUAUUGCGUGGGGAUUCCUCGGUGUGGAUGGUGCUGUGGCGACGUUGCACGUUGAGCCUGAGCAUCGAGGGAAGGGAUUGGCCCUCGUUUUGUCGAAGCAGGUGAUGAAACAGGGGAUGGCGCCUGAUGGCGCGUUUGGGGCUGAGAGGUCGGGUAUUCAGGAUGAAGCAGUUCGUGCCAAGGUUGGGGAUUGGGUGCAUACUGAAGUUGCGCAGUACAAUAAGGCGAGUAGGCGUGUGAUGGAGAAGAUUGGAGGCGAGGUCUUGACUACCGUUUUGUGGACGGUUAUUGAGCUUUGUGAUUAA